UUUUUUUUUUUUUUUUUUUUGUUUAUAGUGCCUGUUCUUGAAUUUUGUUAAGUAACAGGUUAUUUUGAAGAUCUUUGUUUUUGUUUUUUUAAGAUUUGAACUGAGAAAUAUGGCAGCAGCUAUAGAUAUCUAUAAUAGCAAAACAGCACCAGUUUUCUCUGUUAUGGAUCCCUGUAGAGAAGAAUUAAUGAAAGCGCUUGAACCUUUUAUGAAAAGUGCUUCACCAACUUCUCCUUCUUCUUCUUUUUCUCUUUCUCCUCCUCCUUUCCCAUCUUGUUCUUAUCACUCUCCGAUUUGUUCUUCACAGCCCAAUUUUCAGCCUGAAGCUUGCUCCCCAUCUAGUACCCACGUGUUUUCUCAAGGGUUUUCUGGUUAUAACCAAAUGGGUUUUGAGCAAACAGGUUCAAUAGGGCUUAAUCAUCUUACCCCAUCUCAGAUUCUCCAAAUCCAAGCCCAAAUUCACUUCCAACAACAACAACAGCAAAUUCCUAAUCUUUCUUCAAAUUCACACUUACUUCAUAACCAAAGACUCAGCUACUUGGCUCCGAAGCCUGUUUCCAUGAAACAAUCUGCCUCUCCUUCAAAACCAACAAAACUUUACAGAGGAGUAAGGCAAAGACAUUGGGGCAAGUGGGUUGCUGAAAUUAGACUCCCUAAAAACAGAACAAGACUCUGGCUUGGCACUUUUGACACAGCCGAAGAAGCUGCCUUGGCUUAUGACAAGGCUGCUUAUAAGCUGAGAGGAGAAUUUGCCAGGCUUAAUUUUCCUCAUCUUCGCCACCAAGGGGAUUUUGGCGAUUAUAAGCCCCUCCAUGCCUCUGUUGAUGCUAAGCUGCAAGCAAUUUGUCAGAGCUUGGCUACCUCACAAAAACAGGGGAAAACAGGAGAGUCAAGUUCUGUUUCUGAUUCGAAGACCAAUCUUUCAGCUCCAAUGAAGGCCAUAAAGGAAGAGGAUUACUCUUUGAAAGGUGAACUGAAAAGGGAAAUUGAGAAUCUUGGAGCUGAGGACUAUAGGGUGGAGAUUUCAUCAGCAGCAGCUUCAUCUGAUGAAUCAUUGGCUGGUUCUUCUUCACCUCAGUCUGAGAUUUCUUUCUUGGAUUUCUCUGAUUCUUCACAAUGGGAUGAGACUGAGAAUUUCGGUUUGGAGAAAUACCCCUCGGUGGAGAUUGAUUGGGCAGCUCUUUAAAUUUCAAUUAUUAUUGUACUCUUUUUUUUUUUUUUGUCAAUUUUUGUUUCAGGUUUAUUUUGGUGUCUUAGGUAGCUUCUGCAAUGAAGUUUUUGGCAUUUGCAGAGCUGCAAUUAGGGGGGUCAGUUCUAGGUUAUAUGAGUAUGGAGUAGUUAGUCUCUCCACUUUGGUCUUGCUGGUACUUUUUUUCCUUGCUUGACCGUGGGAGUGUUUGUAAGUUCAGGUCAGUGUAAUUAAUCAUCUUCUCUUUGAAUAUGUCAAUGUACUUCCGUCUUUUUGUUUUUCUUUUUGUGUGUAAAAUGUGGUAGUGUUUGCUUUUA